AUGGGCAGGAGCAUAAUAACGCUAGACGACUUGACCGUGAACAAUAUCGGGACUUUCAAAAAACUUCUUCAGGUGACGCUUCCCACAAGUUACCCAGAGACCUGGUACAACGAUUCUUUCAACAAUGAUCAAAUAGUCAAAUUGGCUUUCUACAGUGAACUCCCAGUGGGUCAGAUCAGAGGAAAGUUGAUGCAUUCUUCACACAAUAUCCCAAAUUUUGAAUCUGCCAACACUAGCCAGUUACCAUCGAACAGCAUUCCCAACGCAAUUUAUAUCGAAUCCUUCUCGGUUCUUGAGGCAUACAGGCAAUUGGGCAUAGGCUCGAAAUUGCUUGAAUGGAUAAUCGAGCAGGCCAAGGAAAAAUUUAUUCACGAAAUCUUCUUGCAUGUGCAUGUUGUGAACAAGAGUGCCAUUGAAUGGUACGAAAAGAAAGGUUUCAAACGCUCGUCUGACGUUGUCAAGGACUACUACAAACAACAAGGCUUGAACGAGCCUGAUGCAGUGAUACUCACCUUGUCCGUUUAG